AUGAUGUCAGUUUCUACGAUAACAUCGAUGGCUUACAAUUUCUACUUGAGUCAAAAACAGACCGGGGUCAACUAUAAACAGAGAGUUAUGACCGGACUAAAUUUGACUAUUGGAGUAUCGAUUUUCAUGGCAAUAACCUGCAUUACCCGUGUCUUUAUAGACAUGAAUGAUGUUUGGUUUUUCACGAUCCUUAUGCUAAUGGUAUUUCUCUCCGCAACCGCUACAUGCUUGGCCCAAAAUGGUACCAUGGCAAUUGUCAAUGUUAUGGGUGAUAUAUAUGCAAAUGCAGUUAUGGUGGGCCAAGCCAUCGCUGGGGUGUUACCUUCGUGUGCCUUGAUCAUUUCGGUGCUCAUUGCAGGCGAAAAGACAAAAGAUGCACAGUUGGAAAAGGAUUAUGGUGUAUUUUUGUAUUACAUCACGGCUAGUUUAAUUAGUGGUGCAUCGCUUGGUUUGUUAUUUUUGAUUGGACGUUAUGAGGAAAAGACUUUGUAUAAAGAAUUACGCCAAAGUGCCGGUGAACAUUUGAGUGUAACUAAUACAGCUGGAAACGAAAACGGGCAUGGGUUUGACUUGGAAGUCGAUGAGCUAGUAUCUGUUCAAAAAGUGUUUGUGCCAUUUGGUCAACUUUGGUCAAAACUUAAAUUGAUUGUCAUGACAAUCUUUCUUACGUUUGCCAUAACAUUGCUGUUUCCGAUAUUUGCGUCAGCAGUUGAAUCAACAAACACAACACUGAGUGUGAUUUUGUUUAAGAAACAAAUAUAUGUUCCAUUUAUAUUUUUAGUAUGGAACUUGGGUGAUUUAUUGGGUAGAAUUGCAUGUGGAUAUCCCAAAUUGCGCAUGGUGGUUUCGGAACCUAGGACAUUAAUUACGUAUUCGAUUGCACGAGUAGUUUUUAUUCCUUUAUUUAUGACUUGCAAUAUUCAUCCAGGGAAGGCGUCUCCUAUGAUAAAUUCGGAUGCUUGGUAUAUCUUAUUGCAAUUACUAUUUGGAUUUUCAAAUGGGCAAUUAUGCACAUCAUCGUUCAUGGUUGUUGGUAAGCAUUGCGAUACUGAUGAUGAAAAAGAAGCCGCCGGCGGCUUUACAACAGUAUUCUUGAGUAGUGGGUUGGCAGUUGGGAGUGUUCUCAGUUAUUUAUUAGUAUUAGCGAUUAACUGA